GCCGCCGCCGCACGCCUACCCGUUCGCUCCGGCUGCCGGGGCCGCCACCAGCGCCGCUGCCGAGCCCGAGGGCUCCGGGGCUAGCUGUGCGGCCGCCGCCAAGGCGCCGGUGAAGAAAAACGCGAAGGUGGCCAGCGUGAGCGUGCAGCUGGAGAUGAAGGCGCUGUGGGACGAAUUCAAUCAGCUGGGCACCGAGAUGAUCGUCACCAAGGCCGGCAGGCGAAUGUUCCCCACGUUCCAAGUGAAGCUCUUCGGCAUGGACCCCAUGGCCGACUACAUGCUGCUCAUGGACUUCGUGCCAGUGGAUGACAAACGCUACCGGUACGCCUUCCACAGCUCCUCCUGGCUGGUGGCCGGCAAGGCAGACCCUGCCACUCCGGGCCGUGUGCACUACCACCCAGACUCGCCGGCCAAGGGUGCACAGUGGAUGAAGCAAAUAGUGUCCUUUGACAAGCUCAAGCUGACCAACAACUUGCUGGAUGACAACGGCCACAUCAUUCUCAACUCCAUGCACAGAUACCAGCCCCGAUUCCAUGUUGUCUAUGUGGAUCCAAGAAAAGACAGUGAGAAGUAUGCCGAGGAGAACUUCAAAACUUUUGUGUUUGAGGAGACGCGCUUCACCGCAGUUACUGCCUACCAGAACCACAGGAUCACACAGCUGAAGAUUGCCAGCAACCCAUUCGCCAAAGGCUUCCGGGACUGCGACCCUGAGGACUGGCCGCGGAAUCACCGGCCUGGAGCGCUGCCGCUCAUGAGCGCCUUUGCGCGCUCGCGCAACCCUGUGGCCUCCCCCACGCAGCCCAAUGGCGCAGAGAAAGACGCAGCCGAGACCCGGAGAGAAUUCGAACGCGAAGGGGGCGGGUCCGCCAUGCUCGGGGACCCCGCGCAUCCACCACAGUUGCUGGCUCGGGUGCUGAGCCCCGCGCUGCCCGGGGCCGGCGGCGCGGGCGGCCUCGUUCCCCUGCCUGGAGCGCCCGGAGGCCGGCCCAGCCCUCCGCACCCGGAGCUGCGCCUGGAGGCGCCGGGCGCGUCGGAGCCGCUACACCACCACCCCUACAAAUACCCGGCCGCCGCCUACGACCACUACCUCGGGGCCAAGAGCCGGCCGGCGCCCUACCCGCUGCCUGGCCUCCGCGGCCAUGGCUACCACCCGCACCCGCACGCGCACGCACACCCGCACCAUCACCACCCCGCCGUGAGCCCGGCUGCCGCCGCCGCCGCCGCCGCCGCUGCCGCCGCCGCCGCCGCCAACAUGUACUCGUCGGCUGGGGCCGCGCCGCCGGGCUCCUACGACUACUGCCCCAGAUAAUGGGGGUUGGGCCGCGCGCCCCGCGAAGCCCGAGGGCCUUCAGAGGACUCGCUCACCAGCCCCGGGGGUCAUCAUGGGCCUCCCUCCCCCGGCCUCAAAAGCCAUUGGGGUUGUCCAGCCCCAGGACUGUCGCAGUAUCCGAUUCCUCCAGCCCCCAGGAGAACACGGGGACGGACAUUCCCCAGCUCCGAGGGCCACGAGGGCCCCGCCCGCCAGUGCCAAAGCGCCCGGUCUGGGGCGGAAGGAAAUGGUAUUUAUUGUUCUCCCGAAGACCGCGUCGCCUCCACCCUGCCGGCACUUGCAGUGUAGACAACCCGAGAGCCCCGCCUGCAGGCGGUGUAGAUACGUGUAGAUAUGUAGAUACUGUAGAUACUGCGCCGGCGCCGAGUUGAUAAAUGGUU